AAGAAAAUCAAAAUUUCCUUUAAUAAAUGUUAUUCACAGAUGAAAGCACAUUUGAAAUCGAUGGGAUUUGGAACACUUGUAAUUUUCACCACUGGGCACUACAGAAUCCCCAUCUGGUGUCCGAAAGAGGCUUUCUAAAUCGAUUUAAAUUAAAUUUAUUCGCUGGAAUGAUAGAAAAUAAAUUGAUUGGUCCUAUUAUAAUCCAAGCCAACAUGGAUGGGCCUAAAUACAAGCGCCUUAUGAAAACUAUUCGGCAAAGAUUAAGAGAUGCGGGGUUUACAGACCAACAAAUCGCCAACAAACAACAAAUAUGGUUGCAGCACGAUAUGACGAUAAUGUGA